CACACACUGCCUUGGUAAGGCCAUCUUCCCCUCCAUCACCACCAUGAAGCUGCUUGCUUUAACUGUGCUGCUCAUCACCAUCUGUAGCCUUGAAGGGGCACUGGUUCGGAGACAGGCGGAGGAGUCAAGUCUGCCCACGCUGUUCUCUCAGUACUUCCAGACUGUGGCUGACUACGGCAAGGAGUUAAUGGAGAAGGCCAAGGCCCACGAGCUUCAGGAUCAAGCCAAGGCCUACCUUGAGAAGACUCAGGAGCAGCUGACACCCCUGGCCAAGAAGGUUGAAACAGAACUGUAUAACUUCUUUAGCAUUUUCAUGGAAAGCAAAGCACCCGCGCCUACCAAGUGAGGUAUAGGGGGCCAUUGUCCUGCUGGCCCCAGCUGGCCCCUAGAACACUCUUGGCCAAGUCUGGAGCACUUUGCCCCACUCUCUCCUUG